AUGCCGAAACUCAACCAUAUCGUUAUUGUAGGCGCAGGCCCUUCAGGGCUCCUACUCGGAGUACUACUUGCGAAGAAUCUCGGAAUCAAGGUCACGAUUCUUGAUGCCAACGAAAAGAUCGAUGACAACCCUCGCGCCGCCCAUUACGCGCCUUCAGCUGUGUACGACUUCUAUCGUGCCGGCAUUAUUGACGAUGUGCGUGCUGUGGGAUUGAAACCUAGAGGCGUAUGCUGGCGAUUGCAAGAUGGUACAUUCCUAGGAGGCAUGGGACGUGAGGGAGAUGACUCAAAAUAUGCCAUGGUUGUCUUACCACUUGAUCGGCUUGGUCCGCUGAUUGUAAAGCAUUUUGAGAGCUAUCCCAACACAGAGAUCAAGUGGGGCCACAAGCUGGUUGGUGUCGAGCAAGAUGAGAACGGUGCAACGGCAAUCAUUGAGACCCGAGAUGGGGAAAAGAAGAAAAUCACAGGAGACUAUCUGGUUGGUGCAGAUGGAGCAUCGAGUGGUGUUCGCACUGCCUUGUUCGGAAAGGAAUACCCUGGAGAGACAUUGAAGGCUCAGAUUGUUGCUACCAAUGUCUACCUCCCAUUUGACGAGAAAUUUGACUUCUGGGAUUCGAAUUUCAUCGUCCAUCCGACUGAUUGGUACAUGGCUGCAAAGAUCACCAAUGACGGUCUAUGGCGGGUAACAUACGGCGAUAGCGAGGGACUCUCCAAAGAAGAACUCAUCAAACGCCAACCGCUUCGCUACGAGCAGAUUCUUCCCGGGCAUCCGAAACCAGAUGAGUACAAGCUCAUCAGCAUGAGCCCUUAUAAACUCCAACAAAGAUGUGCGCCUAGCUUCCGAGUAGGGAAGAUAGUACUAGUAGCUGAUGCAGCCCAUCUUUGCAACCCCUUCGGCGGCAUGGGUCUCACAGGCGGAUUCGCCGACGUCGGCUCUCUCUACGACUGCUUCACCGGCAUCCACCUCGACGAACUCGACGAAGACAUCCUUGACCUCUACUCCACGAUUCGCAUCAAGAUUUGGCGCGAAAUGAUCGAUCCCGUAUCACGAGACAAUUUCCACAGACUCUGGGACCCAGCGCAUGAAGAGAAGCGCAAGCAAUUCUUCGAAAUGUGUGGCAAGGCGAACGACGACCUUGUUUGGGGCAAGCAAUUAGCGGACAAUAUCCACCAGGUUAGACACGACUUCACGCAGUACUUUAAGAGUAAGCAGAAGCAGAGCGGCAAGGCAAUGGGAGAUUUGGAGACGAGUAACGGGGUUUUGGCCGAGAACAGCGCUGCGGCUUGAAGGUGGAGUGGAAAGUAUGAAUCAGAGAAUUUAGACAUGUUCAAACCCCACCA